AUGGAGGAAAAUACAAGAGAAGGAACACUCAUGACACACCCAACAUUUUUCCCCGUGAUGUUUGAACAAAGAUUCUUUCCUGAUGAUGGAGAACAGAGGGAGACGGAGAGAGAAUGCGUCUCGGUUCCAUGUACUGGAAUGAGGGACGAUAGAGUCACGGAGCUGUUAACGGUGCUGAUGCUGUCUGAAGUUAAAGAUUUAGAUCGGACGUUUAUGAACCACAUCAAACAAAGACUUGGAUCCGGAUCGGGCAUGGAGUUGCUGCUUCCGCACGGCGAUCUUCUCAGGCCGGUGAAGGCUGACGAGGAAGGCGAAAAAGGCAACCAAGACAGAGGGAAGAGGGGAUUGAAAUGGCGCAAGCUGCAAACUAAGCCCCGACCACCACGAGGGCGGAGAUCUGAGCCCGCCGUCAGGCCCGGCCUUCACUUUGUCCGAAAUCUCACAGACCGCCAUGGCGACAUAGAUUUUGGGAGAAGCGCCAUCAACGACCGACAUGGAUCCUCAGGCCUGAUAGAAUUGAUGUCGCGGAAGCAUCGAGAAUCGAGCAUCAUGUAA